ACAGACAGAAGCAAAUUUAUUUGUAAGACAGAACAAAGAGUGGCAAACAUCAAUAAGCAAAUUCACUGUAUAACUGGGGUAAACAGAGACCUCAAAUACAAAAUAUAUUGAUGGGACUAUAUUUAAUAUUUGUAAGAGCAGCUCAUGUCUCCAUGUUUGUUUCUAUUUCAGUAAGAUUAAUUUCGGAUUGAACCCAUCAGGCCAAGAAACUUUAACAAAGGGACAACGAAGUAAAGCUUCAAUGAAGUUGUUAUUCAUAAGGCUUCUUUGGAAUGAGGAAAAUCACACUGAAAACACUGGCUACUGUAUUUUCUUGUACUGUGCGUGUGCUAAGACAGAGUCUUAGAGGUUAUAUAGAGUCUUUGUCUGCUAUCUUUACUAUUAGGCGGUGAACUAUUUUUGGAAUUUUCAAAAAUAGGCUACAUUACCAAUGCUCAGGGAUGAUGAAUCAUUCAUGUUUUAUUACCAGGUCUAACAUUCUUUCUUAAAUCUAGUGGAUUGAAUGGAUGUUUGGGACUCCAUGGAUGAAUGUAUUCUCACAUUAUUUCAAACUAAGACAUUUCAACUUGAACUAAAAUAUUAUGUUAACUACAUAUUUAACUGUUCGUUGUGUGAUAUAUAUAAAAUAUAGAACCUACACAUUCAGGAGCUGUUUUAGUAAAUACUUGCAUUUACCAUAAAAUAAAUUUUUUUUUUUUUUUUUACAUCUUUCCUUAGGGUUUUUUGUCUUGUUACAUUUUUCUGUUAUUCGUUAUAGGAAUUUAGAAAUAAGUAGACAACUGGAUCCCACCAUUGUCUAUGUCAAUGAGACAUAGUACUACACACUGACACUUUAGGCAAUAAAAACCCUUUUAGAUAGGACGAUAUUAUAAUUAAAUGCUCAUUUACAAAGCCUAUUACAAAGCUUGAAUAAUGCUGCAUUUUUGUGCAGCCAGUUUCUGUGACCAGCCUUCGGCCGCACAUCCCCUAUUACAUGGAGAGAUUUUAAGCAGGUUAAAAACUCGCUGAGCAAUGAACGAGAUGUUUUCUGAGGGUGGGGUGUAAUACAUAAUACUGAGUUCUAAGACAUAUGUGGCACUAUUGGAAUUUCAAAAACGUUGCACCUACUUGCUAAAGCAGGCUGACAGGUCCUCUAAUAUAUUCAGGUUACAGUAUUAGGCUGGGAAGAGGGGUAUAUUCUAUAUGCACUGGCAGAAAGGCGUGCAUAUGUACAUCAAUUGUGUUAAAUGUAUACACUUUUCUGUGAGGGCCGGCACAUUCUGAAAUCUCACUGAACAUAGAGAAGCAAUUUAAAUCAAUUGCGUAAACAGCUAUUCAUUUUAUAGACAUAACCACAAUUUAGCCCUGGAACCUAUCAGUGAAACAUAUCCCAAAGUGGCAACUCUCUUGCCAUGUAUAGAUGACAGUACUAUUUUAGCCAUUUCUUAAAGCAUGAAAAUAGACUGUUCUAGUAAUUUCUAGUACUAACAGAAUAGACGUUCCUCUAGGGAAAGAUGGAUAAAUUCUGUACUCUUUAAACACACUAUUUAUGUGAUCUAAAAUAAACCUUAUUUUUGAGCAAUGGAAUGAAUUGAAUUUACUUUUUAAACCUGAAUUCACUGAACAUUAGGCGACAAGGUAGUUAUUUUUAGCAGACAUUUUAUAACAUGAUUUUCAGUUUUCAGAUGCCAUUUUCCUCGAGAAAUAACAGGAAUUCUGUAUCAGAAAUGGGUUCAUGCAAAUCACAUGCCAAAUUUACCAUGCAAAACCAUUACACAUCACAUCACAGUUUACAGAGCAUUAAUAUAAAGAAAAACUUUGUCACCCAACUCAUUUGCUGAAAAAUUACCAUUUUUAUAUACUCAUUACAUUUUUAUAGAUAAAUAUUUUACAGUGUCCGGAUGGGAUACUCAGGAACGCUCGCAAAGCUCAGUGAGGUUCUUGGCCAUAUCAGGAUUAGACAGUGAGACCUGUAUAGUUGUGAAAGAGGCUCAAGUUAUGAUGUUAUUAAAACUCCUUGGCAAAAACAGAUGUUUGUGGGAUCAGAGAAUGCUGCGUGGGUUGCACAGGAUUAGAGCUGCUUUCUUGUAGAAAGAAAACUGGAGGACAAAAGAAAAACCCACAUAUAAAAUUGUACAGAGAUUGUCAAUGAGUCUUUGAAAGGAAAUUCAAGUUUAUCAAAAAUUGUUCUGUCAUCAUUACAGACAAUGUUGCAAAAUAGGACGUCUAUCUUCAAGCUUUGCUUAGCAUGUGUGCAGUUAGCGUCCACAGGAGCACCAUAAGUAGAGAUAGCACCACAAUUGUAUUUUUAUUUUUGUUUUAGAGGCUAACUGUCAACGUGCGUCGAAAAACUUGGAACUGGUGUGGAUACACACAAAGGUCCAAAUACAAGGCCAUUUAAAUUUAAUACAGUACAAUACAUUUAAAAGAACACAUUUAAGGUACAGUACAAAGGGAACAUCACCAUGCACCCUGCAGAUAUUGGAGUAUGGAAAACUAAUACCACCAACUAAGGUAUUGUUAAAGAUCAAUCUUCAAAGUCCCCAAUUCAAUUUAGUAGUAAAACUACACAUAACUGCACCUUUCAAAUACAAAUCACAAUCAAAGUGUACAAGGCAAUCUUGACAAGUAAGCUGUUAAGCAACAACUGGCCUUUAGACAUAUUUGGGAAUAUCUUUUAAAGAUGCUUUGCCUUUACCAUGAAUCACAUAGUCAUUAUUGCAAUGUGCUGAAGCAAAGUUUAGCAUGAUAAAUGAAAUGUUAUUGUUCCCAUAUCUGCAAGGUGGUUUGCUACAUUGAGCAGAUAUACACAUUUGGAAACAAGAGCAUAAUCAAUGAUAUACCAUGGUGUUCCAUUUCCCUAACUUUCAUUAUAAUGUGGAUUGUUCAGGACCACAAAACAGUCAAAGGUUUAAAUAGGAUACCUGUGAAAAGGUGGGUUUAAAACAACCUUGGUAGCCUGCAGAAAAAGUAAGCACAAACCAUGUUCUCAUAUACUUACUCUGUUGCUGAUAUCACACAGUUCAGUGCUAUAGCUAUGCCACAGUGUUGCUUUAGCUCAUAAUAAUGUAGUGUCAUAGUAAUGUAAUGUCAUCCAAUUAGCAAAAUGUCAUCAUUACCCACCACUGGUCAUAGUACAAAUAACUCCUAAAAUGACCGGAUAUAAGAUUUAACUAUGCUAUCAAAUUUUGAAGAGCGUGUGUUAAAAGUGGGAUAUUGACAACAAUGAAAAUGUGUGGGCUUUCAUAAAACAUGUAGCAAACCAGAGAGAAUAUAUCCAUAUAUAGGUAAAAACAUUGGGGGCAGCAUGAACUUGUCCGACAUGGUUGUUCUGGUAAGAUCAAUGUAUAUGAGGUUGACUAGACGUUAAAGUAAUGGGGACUGACAAUCCUUGUGAAAAAAAAUAUAUAUAUAACGAUUUAUAAAGUAAAGUAUGAGUUGUACCUUUUAUUAAAUAAGUAUUCUGUUCAUAAGCAUUUAUGGCAUAUCCACAGGAAAUUCUACGUCUGAUGCAGUUUCCACCCCUAGGGCCUAAAGCUAUCUCCAGAACAGCAUCUAGCCCUUUAAAGCAGCCACUGUGCAUGGAGGCAGCUGUGCUUACUUACUAUAGGAAAUCCCAAAACAGAGCUGUGCAAGUUUAGUUGCUUCUUCAUAUCAUAUGAUUCAACAGGUGGACCAGGAGCCAAGUCACCCUCCUUCUUCAGGACUCUAUGGUGCUAUCGUAUAAAUUUUAGUGGAUGCAAAAAUGUCAAGGGAGCAGCGAAAGCUUCCCCACUGGAUGGCUGAACAGGAUACGCACUGUACAAGCGAGGCAAAAAAGAAUUGUGCCUGGAAAAAAAACAUACUGGAAGAUAGUCUCCCAUUUCUGAAGUUUACUGGUUCAAUUGUCUAUAGCUAUGAAGCAAAGGAGUGUUCUUUCUUUUCAGAGUACAUCAGAGAGAGACUUUCCAAAGAAGCUGUGCUUGGAUUUGACAUUGAAUGGCCUCCUGCUUUUAAAAAGGGGAAAAAUGGGAAGGUGUCCCUCAUCCAGUUGUGCACUUCAGCAGAGGAAUGCUAUUUAUUUCAGGUGUCAUCAAUGACAGGUUUUCCUAAGGGUCUUAAGAAGUUGCUUGAAGAUAUAUCGAUAAAGAAGGUUGGAGUAGGUAUUGAAGGGGACCAAUGGAAGUUAAUGAGUGACUGUGACUUGAAGCUGAAAGGAUUUAUUGAACUUACUGAUUUGGCAAACCAAAAGCUACAAUGUAAGGAGAAGUGGAGUUUGAAUGGUUUGGUCAAACAUCUCUUCAGCAAGCAACUUCUGAAAGAUGACUCAGUGCGUUGCAGUGACUGGGAUAGACUACCCCUGAGUGAAGACCAGAAACUCUAUGCUGCCUCAGAUGCCUAUGCUGGACUUUUGAUUUAUCAAAAGUUAGAGAGCAUGAAUGAAGAAGAGAAACUGGCUUUAUCUGUCUCCACAGGAGUGAAUUCUGGAUUGUGUGAAGUGAAAAACAAGUUGAACAGCCUGUCACAAGAGAUCCUUGUUCUAGUUGACCAAGUCCCUGGUAAUUUUGAGGACUCCAAAGAUGCGCAGAGAGCUGUAGAUAUUAUUGCUAAGCUGUCUUCAGGUCUGGAAGAAUUAAGAAGCAUUGUAGAGGCCUCUAAAAAACAGGAAAAUGUUUCCAUAGAGAAACAUUUAUCCCAAGGUGAUGUCAACAUAGCAAGCAUAGAAGACAACCAUACACAGGGGAAAAACAUCAAAUAUACUGAGGACACUGACACUCAACAAAAAGAUACUUUAGAUCAACCAUCAGGCUCGAAGCAGGGGUUGACUCUAGAAGAGCUUCACUUGAUUGAGCAAGAAGAGAAUGAAGAAAUGAUACCGUUUUAUGAGAAUGAUGAGGAACCUGAACAAAGUUAUGUGUUUGAUACUGAUGAAGAAUUAGAGACUGAGAUGCUCAAGUCUGUAGAGGACCUGGAUAAAAGCUAUGAGUCAUUGUCUACAAGCUCUCCACAAAUGCUUGUACCUGAUAUUAAAGUAGACAAUAAUGCUGUGGAUGAGGAAGAAGAUGAAGGUAUAGAAGAAGAGGAAGAAGAAGAUGAUUGGGAUCCAGCUCUUCCUGAACCAAAUGUGCAUCAAAUAACUUGCUUGAAAACUUAUUUUGGCCAUUCAAGUUUUAAGCCGGUUCAGUGGAAAGUUAUUCAUUCUAUCUUGAAAGAGAGACGAGAUAACCUUGUCGUCAUGGCAACAGGUUAUGGAAAGAGUCUCUGUUAUCAGUUUGCUCCAGUGUAUACAGCAAGCAUUGGUAUUGUGAUCUCACCACUUAUUUCACUCAUGGAAGACCAAGUUUUACAGCUUACGAUGUCAAAUAUUCCUGCCUGCUUCCUCGGAUCUGCUCAGACUAAAAACGUCAUGCAUGAUGUAAAAGGAGGAAAGUUUAAAGUAAUUUAUAUGACGCCUGAAUUUUGUUCUUCUGGAAUUUCUUUGCUUCAAGAGCUAGAUAACAACUAUGGUAUAAGCCUUAUUGCCAUUGAUGAAGCACAUUGCAUUUCUGAAUGGGGGCAUGAUUUCAGAAGCGCUUAUCGGUGCCUAGGAAAGCUCAAGAAAUUGCUGCCUUCGGUACCGGUGAUAGCUUUGACAGCAACUGCAAGCCCCUCAGUACGUGAAGAUAUUCUGGCAUCCUUACACCUACAUGACCCACAGAUCACCUGUACUAGCUUUGAUCGUCCAAACUUGUACUUAGAAGUAGCACGGAAGACGUCAAAUAUAUCUCGAGAUCUUCAACCAUUUCUCAUUAAGAAACAAGGGCCUGGCUGGGAAUUUGAAGGUGCUGCUAUUGUCUACUGCCCCUCCAGAAAGACAUCAGAACAGGUCACUGCAGAAUUGUUAAAGCUGAGCAUUGCCUGUGAUACUUAUCAUGCUGGUAUGGGGAUCAAAGCUAGGAGAGACGUACAUCACCGCUUUAUGCGAGACGAGCUACAGUGUGUCGUGGCUACUGUUGCAUUUGGCAUGGGUAUUAAUAAACCAGACAUUCGUAAAGUUAUACACUAUGGAGCUCCUAAAGAAAUGGAAUCCUACUAUCAAGAAAUUGGUAGAGCUGGCAGAGACGGUCUUCCUAGCAGUUGCCAUGUUUUGUGGGCUCCCACAGAUAUGAAGUUUAACAGGCACAUGCUCAGUGAGAUCAAAAAUGGAAAUUUUCGAGAGUACAAAUUGAAAAUGUUAUCAAAGAUGGAAAAAUACCUUAAUUCAAGCAAUUGCAGACGGAAGAUCAUCUUGUCUCAUUUUGAAGACAAACAACUCCGUAAGGUCUCUUAUGGCAUCAUGGGAACUGAAAAAUGUUGUGAUAACUGCAAGACCAGAUUAAGCCACAACAUUUCAUACACUGAUCAAGAAGACACUCUCCAAGACUUUGGCCUGCAAGCCUUCCAGUUAUUAUCUGCAGUGGAAGCUUUAGGAGAAAAAUUUGGAACAGGUGUGCCUGUCCUAUUUCUUCGUGGUUCAACAUCACAAAGAUUGCCAGACAGAUUUCGCCGACAUCCUCUUUUCGGUAAAGGAAGAGAUGUAUCAGAGGUUUUUUGGAAGGCCCUGGCAAGGCAGCUGAUUUCUGAAGGAUUCCUCCAAGAGUUGUCUGGUCGAACCAAGUUUGCAAUUACAUGUGGCCUUACAUCCAAGGGUAGAAACUGGAUGAGUAAAGCCAAUUGUCAAUCAUGCCCAAGUCUUUUGUUGACACCAAAUGAAGAAUUGUGUCCUCGUAAAUUUGUGGCACCAAGUUUGCAGUCACAUUCUCCAAUGGUUAAGCAGCGAUUACCGGAUGCAGCAUCAAAUAAGCCUGAAGCUGGCAUUCAGAAAGCCUUUUUGAAAGACAAGUUUACAUAUCAAGAACCUGGGAAGCUUUCAAAAACUUCAGAACUCCCCUCAACCAGUGUUUUGAGACACAAUUCACCACGCAAACCAUACAAACCUCCAGAACCAGCUGUGUCACCAAGAGAAAUUGAGCUGCAGACUUCACUGUAUGGCAAACUUGUAACAGCUAGACAAAAAAUUGCCAGCGAGAAGGAUAUCCCACCGGCCGUAUUAGCAACUAACAAGGUGCUUGUGGAUAUGGCUAAAUUUAGGCCAACUACCAUUGAAAGUAUGAAAAAAAUUGAUGGAGUGUCCGAGGCAAAGGCUAAUAUGCUGGCACCCCUUGUGGAGGUUGUGAAGGAAUUCUGCCUCGCUAACAGUUUAAAGGCAGAUUCCCUUAAUGUUUCUGCUACAAAUUUACAACCCAGCGUGACUGUUUCUAAAGGAUCAGCUUGCAUGUCACUCCCAGAGUCUCCUCGUACUACCUACUCUCUGUUUCAGGAGCAGCGCUUGUCAAUGCAAAGUAUUGCCGAUAGCCGGAGUAUCAGCUUGACAGCUGUUGGCAUGCAUUUAUGGCAAGCACUGAAGGCUGGUUACCCCCUUGAUGUGCAGCGAGCUGGCUUAACACCUGCUGUACAGAAAACUAUUACAGAGAUCAUUAAAGGGCCAACUAUCAACUCAGAUCUAUCAAGUUUUCAGGCUAUACGGUCAUUGGUGGCUCCUGAAAUUGAUAUAUACCUUAUAAGGAUGGUGAUCACUCUGCUUGAAAAAGAGGGAUGUGUUGAGCUGCAAAACAAACCAUUGGGCCUAUUCAAUAAGCAAAGUCCAACUUGGCACACAGGGGGCAAGUCACAGGAACAAGAGCAGCCCAAAGCUACUACAGCCACGGAACAUCUAUGGAUUGAAACAGAGAAACCAGCCAAGGAGAUCACAUCAAGUGUUCAGGAAGGUUCCACUGCUGUUGUAGCCCCGAUCAAGCUUGCCUCAUGGAAUCAGAAAGCGCUGGAUGAAGACACUGAGGAUUUAUUCUCAGAUUCCCAAGUUCAGACACCAAAAAGAAAAUUGCCUGAAUGGUUUGAAGCUCCAAAAGCAACUACAAUAUCGUCUAAUAUCAAAAAAGCCAAAACUGUAAAGAAGAAAGGUCUUUUUGGAUGAAUUUAGGGUUUUUCUUAUUUUGAUGUGUGUUCUAGAAUAGGAAUCUUGAUGUGCAGUACUGUGUCACCAUAUGAUCUUCAUCAUAAGAUAAUACAUGUAGUAUUUUGGUCAAUAUUUGGCCAGUAUUGUUUUAUAUAGUUUUUUUUUUUUUAGUAAAAUUUUGCACCAAACAAGGAAUUACAUGGCCAUACAAAAAUCAAACAAAAGAAAUCUUCAUGAUAAACUAGUACGACCUUGACAAAUCUGGUGUUGAGUCAUUCCAACCAGGGUUAGCCAUACAUGUGCCUGGAGACUGAAGAUAAGUAGACUUGGAAAUAUUGCUAGUCCUAUCCAUUAGACAAUAUUCUUCACAGAAAACCUGGCCCAGAACCAACAAAGAGAACUAUAAUGGGAAGAUUUGCACUUUGGCUAAAAUACUGACCAGA